GAUGAAGAAUAUUUAUAAGAUGGAUAGAAUUGUGUUACAAUUUUGUAUGAGAUAUAGUUUCUAUAUUGAGAGGAGGUGUGAUGGUAUUCUUGAUGAAAGGUAGGUAGAUAUAAAAGAUUUAUUUUAGAUGUUUAGAUUUAAAUAAGAUAAAUAAAAAGUGAUCUAUGAUAAACUAUUUUUAAUAUUUGAAUAAAAAUAAACAUAGAUGUUGAUUAGGAUGGAUAGGGAGAGUUUAGGAUAAAAUUUAAAUAGAUGGUGGAAGAUUUGCAUAAAUGAUUAGUGUGAUUGAAGAUGAGAUGCAUGAAAUAGAUUUUGAUUUAUAGAAAGUUAUAAAUAGAAAAUGAAAUGAAUAUUUUAG